AUGCAUAUUCUGGUCACAAAUGACGACGGUCCACCAUCGAACCAAUCCUCGCCCUACGUGCACUCGUUGGUGCACUCGCUUCAAGCCGCGGGCCAUAUAGUCUCUGUGGUGCUUCCGCAUCAGCAGCGAUCAUGGAUUGGCAAGGCGCACAUCGUGGGUGCAUCCGUCAAGCCUACAUACUUUCGCCCGGGCACCUUGCAUCAGGAGGAUGGAACCACACACCACUUGCCGAAGGGAAGCAACGGCGAGCCUGACGACGGCGGCGACGAGUGGAUCUUGAUUGAUUCGACCCCGGCAAGCUGUGUGCAGAUUGGUCUUUAUCAUUACUUCCAAGACAAGGGACCCAUUGAUGUUGUCGUGUCUGGUCCAAAUUAUGGCCGUAACACGACGGCGCUCUUCGCGCUGUCUAGCGGCACAAUUGGUGGCGCCAUGGAGGGUGCUGUGUGUGGGAAGCGCUCGAUCGCCCUGUCGUAUGCCUUCAGCUCUCGGAACCAUGACCCUGUCAUCAUCUCAGAAGCCUCAGAACACUCCGUGAAGGUGAUUGAGUAUCUUUGCGCGAAUUGGGUUGAGGGCGUCGACCUGUACAGUGUCAACGUUCCCCUGGAGCCUGGUGUGAGCAAGAACAAGGUGCUCUACACGGAAAUGCUGGAGAACAAGUGGUCUUCCGGAAGCUGUUUCCAAGCAGCUGAUCCAAACACUGGGAACGAUCCAGAACUUGAGGAGCAGCGACUGCGUGACGAGGGUGAGAUGACUGGAAACCAGCCGGCAGCAGCCGAGACUUCAGCGGACAAAUCUGUUGGGAAACCCAGAAUCAAACACAAGCACUUCAAGUGGGCGCCUAGCUUUCAAGACGUGUAUAGAAGUGUCGAGGAAGGCCCUGCUGGCAAUGAUGGCUGGGUCGUGAAGGAGCAAAUGACAAGUGUGACCCCCCUCAAGGCGAGCUUCAAGCACAUGCCCGGUCUGACGGGAGAGAUCAAGCUAUCUGAUAAGCAGUCCACGGUCUUCUCCGUCGUCGACUGUGACGAUCCCUAUGUUCAAGCUCUGGUCGAGCGAGCUCUCAGUCGCCGUCUCGACGGUGAUGUGCGCAGUCAGCGUAUUGACAAUCUAUCUGAACUUGCCGAUUCGAAAGCCCCGAUUUUCCAGUACUGCGAAUACGAACGCUUGGACUUCGAUCAUAUGAUGUCGCAUCCUUCGACUUCUCUCGUUAACGCAUACGUCAUCCGCAAAGCACUUAUUCGCAAGCAUUACCUGUCCAACACGAUUGCCAAUUGGAUUUCCAAGCACCCGAACAGCAUCUUGCGCAAGCACUUCAAGCCCGCCUUUGACUUUGAACUUGAUUACUCUGAAUUCCUCGAUGAAGCGCUUCUCGAGGCUUACGAAUUGCGCGAAAGUCUAGAAAAAAACGAAGAGCGACCUGAUUCUGAGAAAGAGUGGUGGAUCUUGAAACCCGGAAUGAGUGACCGCGGACAGGGCAUUCGAUUGUUCAGCACAGAGGAUGAACUGCGUGCGAUCUUUGAGGAAUGGGACGAAGAAUCAGAUGUCGACGAGGAGAGUGAUACCGAGGCCGAUGGUCCUACACAAGUCUCCGCGUCCGCUCACGAUGAUGGCCUGGUCACCUCUCAAUUGCGUCAUUUCAUGGCUCAGCCAUACAUCGAUCCUCCGUUGCUCCUUCCGUCCUCCUCGCAUCGCAAAUUCCACAUCCGCGCGUACGUCCUUGCGACGGGGUCGCUUAAAGUCUAUGUGUUCAAAGAGAUGCUCGCUCUCUUCGCUGCUAAGACGUAUUGUGCACCUCACGAAGAAGAGGAUGAGGUGAAAGAUCUGGCCCGGCAUUUGACCAAUACUUGUUUCCAAGAGGGCGGCAGCUCCAACGAGGGUAGCGUACGUGCUUUCUGGGAUCUGGAUCACCACGUGCCCGGACUUUCCGAAGACUGGAAGGAGCAAAUCUUCAGCCAGAUCUGUGCUGUUACAGGAGAGGUCUUUGAGGCCGCUGCGCGGGGCAUGAUGGUGCAUUUUCAGACCCUACCCAAUGCUUUUGAGAUUUUUGGCGUGGACUUCCUGGUGGAUGCGACUGGCAAUGCGUGGUUGCUUGAGUUCAACGCGUUCCCUGACUUCGGACAGACAGGUGAAGAUCUGAAAGAGGUCGUUGUUGGGCGUUUAUUCGAAGAAGUGGUCGACGUUGCUGUGAAACCAUUCUUUGGCCUAGGGAAAGGUGCAGGCCAAGGGGGCAUGAAACUCGUUGCUGACCUGGAUUUGGGACGGCACGCAUAG